GAAUCACCUCGUCUACCGAUUCUAGAAGAUCGUCCACAAAAACGAAAUCCUCCCACAAGCCUCCAGCCCUGGAAGAUGGCGGCAGCUGUGCUGAGGCAGGUCGCGACUUGCGUUGCCGGCAGAGGAGCGUUUCAAAGUGGCGCUAAGGUCAUGGGGGCGCCCAUCCUGCAUCAGCAGCCGCAUCAGCCGCAGCAGCGGCGGCAGCUGUCCCUGCACGAGUACAUGAGCAUGGAGCUGCUGCAGGAGGCCGGGGUCAAGGUGCCCAAGGGCACGGUGGCCACCUCCGUCGAGGAGGCCUACAAGGUGGCCAAGGGCAUGGGCUCCACAGACCUGGUGGUGAAGGCCCAGGUGCUAGCCGGGGGACGAGGAAAGGGAGUGUUUGAGGGCGGCCUUCGCGGUGGGGUCAAGAUCGUCUACUCGCCCGAGGAAGCGCGGGACCUGGCGAGCCGCAUGCUCGGCAAGAAGCUGUACACGAAGCAGACGGGCGAGAAGGGGCGCAUCUGUAACCACGUGUUCAUCUGCGAGCGCCGUUACCCGCGCCGCGAGUACUACUUCGCCAUCGCGCUCGAGAGAGCCUUCCAGGGCCCGGUGAUCAUCGGCAGCUCCCACGGCGGCGUCAACAUCGAGGACGUCGCGGCCGAAAACCCCGACGCCAUCGUCAAGGAGCCCAUCGACAUCAUGGAGGGCAUCAACCACGAGCAGGCCCUGCGGGUGGCCCAGAAGAUCGGCUUCCCCGACGAGCUUUUGAACGACGCGGCCGAGCUCAUGAUGAAGCUGUACGGCGUGUUCAUGAAGUAUGACGCCAGCAUGAUCGAGAUCAACCCCAUGGUGGAGGACUCGUCUGGGGCAGUCAUGUGCAUGGACGCGAAGAUCAACUUCGACGCCAACGCGGCGUACCGGCAGGAACGCGUCUUCUCCAUGCGCGACUGGAGCCAGGAGGACGCCCGUGACGUGCAGGCAGCGCAGGCCAACCUCAACUACAUCGGUCUCGACGGCAACAUCGGCUGCCUCGUGAACGGCGCUGGCCUGGCCAUGGCCACGAUGGACAUCAUCAAGCUGCACGGCGGGCUGCCGGCCAACUUCCUCGACGUGGGCGGCGGGGCCACGGCGCAGCAGGUGACGGAGGCCUUCAAGCUCAUCACCUCCGACUCCAAGGUCCAGGCCAUUCUGGUGAACAUCUUCGGCGGGAUCAUGCGCUGCGACAUCAUCGCGCAGGGCAUCAUCGCCGCAGCCAAGGAGCUCAACCUGCGAGUGCCAAUCGUCGUUCGCUUGCAAGGAACUCAAGUGGACGACGCCAAGGCUAUCAUUGCGGCGAGCAGCCUGAAGAUUCUGGCAUGCGACGACCUGGACGAAGCUGCUAAAAUGGUUGUCAAGUUGUCCGAGAUCGUGUCCAUCGCCAGACAAGCCAACGUGGAUGUAAAUUUCCAGCUGCCUCUGUAAACCGGACGGGCGCGGUUUAACAUUUAAACCUGCCUGACACAGCUUGUUAAGACAAGCCUCCCUGACCACUCGUUUGUAUUUAUUUCGCUGUCUGCGAUAAACCUUUGGGGGGUCCUAAGGUGAAAACGUAAAACACAUUUCUUGCGGUCUGCAAUGGAUUUCAUUAGACGUGGUUUCCCCCACCCUGCCGCCGCUUGGGUGGGUGCUUAAACGGGAAAAUAAUAUCAGACGUAGCCACAGGUAAAGCAGCUGCUUUCCCCCCGCACAAGUUAUUGCACGCUCUUGUGAAUUCAGUUUUUUCUCCCUGCCAAGCCAUGUCAUUCGUGAGUUAAAUACUGUAUGCGCAAGGCUUCCCCCUCCCCCCAACGUUAAGACACUUUGUUGUGCUUGAAGAGAAUGGGAAUGAACAAUGCCGCUGUGUGUUUGUUUGUGGUGUUGGGCCAAGGUUGUUGCCCCCCCCCCUUUGAAGUUGUGAACCAAUGAAAAAUGUGACUUGAAACAAGGAAACGUUCAAACCAUAAAGUGGUGGCUCACCGACUGAAGUUACGUAUUUUAUUUGUGUUAUUUCCGAAGUUACACAAACUGAACCAGAGAAGAAAAAAAACCAAUCUUUUACACUUGGGUUUAAAGUUGUAAAAAUGAACGAACACUGAGAAAGAAAACUUUAACGGAAGAGAAAAAAACUUUUGCAGAUUAUUCUUCGAAUCGAUCACACCAUCACACACUCGUGGUGGUGGCAAGGUGCGACCUCCCAGCUUCCACGGUCAUCUGCGAGACAAAGGAGAGAGUGGGGGGGGGGAAAGGGCAUUGCUGCUGUUGUCACCAAGUAACAGUGGGUUCCCGAUCCAGACGGUAGCAGCUUCCCCCACCCAGUGACAAGACAUUUCCUAAGUCCAUCAGUCACCGUGUUGAGCAUGUUACAACAUCCUGAAUGUGCAUCAUACGUGUGGGUUGUGGUGACACUUGCGCCUAGCGGCGUUGCCCAAAUUAAUAGCGAUGGGUGGGGGCACACCCUUGCUCUUUAACUCUCGAGUAAAGAGUUUUAUUUGAAAACGUUUUCAUUCGUUGUAUUGCGAGGAAGAAGGGCGCUCGAGUUCUAUUCCUGACUGGGGUGCCUUUUAUACUGACCGCAACCUCCGAUUGGCACUGCUGGCUAAGUGCGAAAGUCGUUCAACAUCCAGCGCAAAAAUGUAUUCACGUCACAGUUGAUGUCGAUCAAAUUCAGGGCCGUGCAAAACCAACACUGGAUCUUCGGAAACACAAAUCCAGGCACCACCUCCCCUCACUGCAGUGUGUGUGGUUUGUAUGUUCUCCCCUUGUUCUGCACGGGUUCUUCGGUUUCCUCCCAUAGCCAAUAACACCCCCCCCCACACAAUCUUAAAUGGUAUUGGCAAAAACAUCCCAAUGCUAAACCUGCAAAUGACUCGAUUGAAGUUACACGCAAAGCAGCAACACGGCAGCACAAAAGCUUUGGCAGGGACCUCUCCUAAAAAAGUCUGGGGACUCUGCGAGCCUUGCCUAGUGGGUAGACGAGCACAGCAAGAAUAUCCAGCGAGGUACCACAGAGGCACCCAAUCUAAUUUUCAAGUUCCCAUUUGUGCACGCAUAGCAAAUAUAAAGACCCCCCCCUCCUCCUCCCCAUUAUGUUGAAUAACACGUGGAAAUUAUUAACACGCAUCAAUGAUUAACACGAAUAAAAACUGUCCGCUGCUCA